AUGCUAUCACGAAGAAGACCAGCAGUCUCAGCACUCUCCAUUGAUGCUGUCAGAUGGGUCUAUAUCCCUCGUGUUCCUAGAAAAAAGCCGGCUCGGCAAGUGGUUAUUGAUAAGCCUGCAAAAUUGGCCGUCUCAAAGGCUCUUGGGCUGGACGCAGAUGUGCCUUCAUCUAAAGACUUAUUUACCACUCCUACAGGUGCUCCCACCCCAUCGUCUUUCACACCUGAGGGACUCAUGAACCAGAUUCUGCCUGUGAUUCCUUCAACAGAGAUUCAAAAUACUACCCAGCAUGCCAGCACAAAAACAGCAGGGUACGUGACGGCUGCAACGCCGUUUGCACCGCGCGACAGCGAUAUUCGCGGUGUUCUAGCGCUCGUGAUGCGCCACUGUUUCGCACUACGGUUCCUUAAUACAACCCCGCGACUCCAUCACUGCGAUCUAUUCACCGUUUGGUACUUCCCCCCAUGGCAUGUUUUGGCACUUGGCCGCAAGUCCCGGCCGGCGUUUGUGCCGCUUUUUGGGCCAGGCUCAGAGUUUAACGGUGACGCUGAAACACUGGCUAAGGCCGAACGCAAGGAACUAUUGCAACGCCGGUCCAAGAACCCAAUGUUGUAUGCGCAUGCACGUAAGUACAUGGGCCGUCUGGGUCGCAGAGCUUUGUGGCAAUCGUUCAAUGGGGCAAAACCAACGGACCGUGUAGAUGGGUUGUACUUGUUUCGGUUCCACAAGUUCCCCUGGCCCAACCCUCUGGUACCUAAAAACACUUCGGAACCCACCACGCAAACCACUGGGAUUACAAUGAGCCGUUUCCCGGAAACUCUGGGCCCGCCUUUUGCAGACAUUGAGGAUUAUCCGAGCGACGCCGAUAUUACAACCCUAGUAGCUUCAGAACAUUACACGCGGUUCGACCGAGAAAUGGAUAAAGUUGUUACAGCAGCAGCAAAGCUUGCAAAAUCUCCAAUGCCAUGGGUUGAUAAAUUCAAUAAUCGGGUAGAUUUGAGUUCCCUCAAUGAACAGAUCCUGCGCAACAAGCUUUAUCGACCUUUGCAGCCUGCGCCUGUGGGAUCCAUGAUUCGUUAG